AUGCCUCAACACGCACUUGGCCGCGAGCUGGGCCUCAAGGUCAACCCAAUCCCUAAGGGCGUGGGUGAGAAGACCAACUUCGGUGUGACGAUUGAAGGUUUAGACUUGAACCAGAUUUCUGAUACAGACGAACAAGUGAAGGCUCUCUCGGAAUGUAUCUGGACCCACAAGGUAGUAGUGGUUAAGGGGCAGCAGUCUCUAGAGCCAAUCAAGCAGUGGGAACUUGUAACUCGGUUCGACCCGGACUCACCACAAGUGCACUCGCAUGGUGACAUGAAGACCUUUUCCAAGAAGGGCGGCCUUCUAUCAGAGAAGGCCAGUAGGGAAGUAGUUGGUAUCCCAGGAGCCGAAAAUGUGCGGCUCAUUGGGAAAGGGUUCCAAGGAGAGGAUCACUAUGGCAUCAAGAACCUAACCAUUUACCACGGCUUGUCCAAUGAUUUCCAUUCCAAAAAGCUGCCCGACGAUGAGUUCAAGGCAGGCAAUAGCCGUUUUCAACGAUGGCAUAUGGAUGCGCCGCUCUAUGCUAGAGACCCCGCCUGGUUCACGACGCUGCGCUGCUUCAAGAGACCAACAGAGCCCAUGAUGAACAUUCGAUGGGACGACGAUACUGGCCUUUCUAUGAAGUCCGAACCAGGUCUAACAGCAUUUUUCAGUAAUGUCCAGACAUAUGAGCUGAUGAGCGCUGAGGAAAAGAGCAUCGCCGAGAACUCGUGGGUGGAGUACGCACCUAACCCUUACGUCUGGAUCAGCAAAUGCGGCGGCAAAACGAACGGCCUUGGCCUCGAGAGCGAAGGCAAGGAACUGGCUCUUGAGGAUCUAGGGGACUAUGAACUGAAGAACGUGAAGACAUAUCCAAUGGUCUGGGUCAACCCAGUAACUGGCGAGCGAGCUUUCCAAGUUCACGGUAUCUGUGCACGGAAACUGUACCUCCGAUCCUCCCCCACCGAAGAGCCUCGAAUCAUCGAUAAUGUAGAGGAAAUCCGAGCCUUUCUGAAGCCUAUCCAGGAGAGGGUAUUGAGGCCAGAAUAUAUACUACUUCCCGCAGUAGAAGAGGGCGAUAUUGUCAUGUGGGCAAAUUACAUGAUGUUCCACACCGCGAUAGACUAUCCGAUCGAAUUUGGGGCACGGACAAUGCAUCAGGCCAACAUUGGCGCGAGCAUCGGUCCUGCUCAGAUGGGGUUGUUCGAGAUACCUUCUUUGGCAUAA